GGUCUUUUAUAUCUCUAUACAACUACACACACAAAAUUCUCUCCCAAAAUUCACAUACAAGAAAACCCACAAAAAUCAAUCGAAGCCCAGGUAAUAUUUUUACCCCAUGAUUGUAAAGUUACCAUCUUUGUUGCUGUUAAAGUUAAAUUCUUGAAAUUCAUGUUACUUUUCUUGAUUCUUGAUAGAGAUUGCAUUAUUAAUUCAAGAAACAGUGUGGAUUGUUGUAUUUGGAUGUGAUUUUUGUUGGUUUUGUGUGUUUUGUGAAAAAGAUUGUAAGUUUGUUAGAAAUGUCAUCUAGUAUGGAACUUGUGCCAGUGACUUCACAAAAACAUGACCCAGCAUGGAAGCAUUGCCAGAUGUUUAAGAAUGGGGAUAGGGUUCAGCUUAAGUGUGUGUAUUGUACUAAAAUGUUUAAGGGUGGUGGGAUUCAUAGGAUUAAGGAACAUCUUGCGGGGCAUAAGGGUAAUGCCUCGACGUGCCUUAGAGUCCCGCCUGAUGUUCAGCAGAUUAUGGAAGAGAGUUUGAGAGGUGUUGUGGCGAAAAAGAGGAAGAAGCAGAAGCUUGCGGAGGUUAUUUCGGGGUUUGAUCCUUCUACUAGUGAGGUUGAUGGUUUGUCGGGUCAGUGUGAUUUGAGUGGUGCUGUGAGUUUGAUCCCGAAUGUGGAUGUGCUUGAUCCGAAUUCAGGUGUUUUAGAGGAUGGUCCGAGGAAGAGAGGUAGGAAGAAGAGGGGAGCGAAGAAAGGUGCUGCUAAUACAGGUUUGGAUGUCAUUCCGUUGGAUGUUGUGGGAGGUGGUUCGAAGAGGGUGAAUGAUCAGGUUCAUUUGGCGAUAGGAAGGUUUUUUUAUGAUGUUGGUGUGCCUUUAGAUGCAGUGAACUCCGUAUAUUUUCAACCGAUGCUUGAUGCGAUUGCUUCACAAGGAGCAGUGUCUGUUGCUCCGAAUUAUCAUGAUCUUAGAAGUGGGAUUCUGAAGAAUUCAGUUCAAGAAGUAAGAAAUGAUAUUAAUCUAUGCAUGAGUCAUUGGGGACAUAGUGGAUGCUCUGUUUUAGUUGAUGAGUAUGUUUCAGAAAAGGGUAAAACAUUGAUAAACUUUAUGGUGUAUUGUUCCGAGGGGACAAUAUUUUUGAGGUUUGUUGACGUGACUGACAUAAUGAAUUCAGAAGAUGCUCUCUUUGAAUUGCUCAAGGAGGUGGUUGAGGAAGUUGGAGUGAGAAAUGUCUUGCAAGUGAUUACUAAUACUGAAGAUCGUUAUGUUGUUACAGGAAAAAGGCUAAGUGAUACCUUUCCUACUGUUUUCUGGACUCCUUGUGCAGCUCGCUGCAUAGACCUGAUGCUUGAGGAUUUUGGAAAAGUCAAGUGGAUCAUUUCAAUACUUGAAAAAUCUAAAUAUAUAUCAAGAUUUAUCUACAAUCAUAGUGUAGUUUUAAAUAUGAUGCGGAGGUAUACAUAUGGAGUUGAUCUAGUUGAACUUGGGGUUAGUAGCUCUGCAACAGACUUUGCAACUCUGAAGAGACUAGUGAAUAUCAAGCCCAACUUGCAAUCCAUGGUAACGUCAGAGGAGUGGAUGGAAUGCCCAUAUUCAAAAAAAACCGAGGGAAUAACCAUGUUGGACUAUAUCAGUAAUCAGUCAUUUUGGUCAACAUGUUCAUUUGUCACCCGUCUUACAGAUCCAUUAUUGCGGCUUUUGAGAAUAGUAAGUAGUGAGAAGAGACCUGCAAUGGGGUAUGUUAAUGCUGGAAUAUAUCGAGCAAAAGAAAGCAUUAGAAAGGAAUUUGAGGAUAAGAAGGAAUAUGAAGUUUAUUGGAAUAUUAUAGAUGGCAGGUGGGAACAUCUUCAGCAUCAUCCACUUCAUGCUGCAGGUUUUUAUCUGAACCCCAAGUUCUUCUACGGUACUGAAGGAUCUAUACAUCGCCACAUUCCAUCCUCAGUGUUUGAUUGUGUAGAGAAGAUGUUUCCUGAUCCAAAAAUCCAAGAUAAAAUAAUGAAAGAAACAACAUCAUACCAUAAUGCUGCUGGAGAUUUUGGCCGGAAUAUGGCAAUGAGAGCUAGAGAAACAUUACUUCCUGCUGAGUGGUGGUCAACUUAUGGAGGUGCUUGUCCAAAUUUGUCGCGUUUGGCUCUCCGUGUCCUCAGUCAAACUUGCAGUUUGAUGAGUUGUAAGCCAAACAGACAUUACUUGGAACAGAUAGACAAAACAAAGAACUGCUUAGAGCAUCAGAGGCUUACUGACCUUGUAUUUGUGCAGUACAAUUUGCGGCUGAGGCAAAUGGCUGUGAAGAAUAGAGAACAUGAUGCUGCAGAUCCUAUUUCAUGUGAUAUCAUUAAUACAAGCGAGGAUUGGGUUACAGAGAAUGAAGUAGGUAUGGAGGACACUGGCAGCGCGGAUUGGAUGAAUGUUGUCCCGCCUUUAGGCCACAUGACACUCUUAGGAUCAGAAAUUGAGGAUAUAGAGGCCUUAGGUGCAGCUGGAUUUGAUGAUUAUGAAGAGGUAUUUAAUGGAGUUAAAGAUAGUGAAGGCGAAAAUGGUGAAGACAGGGAAGAAGACAAUACAGUGUAGUCAAUAUAUUUGUUAUGUUCCGAUUGGCGGAAAAAUUUUAGAGGAUCUGUUUAAAGAGGUAGUUUAUCGUUAAAGGUCAAGCAGCUUAAACUAGUGAAGACUAGCUGUGAUAUUGCUCAAACUUCUUGUUACUUGCAAAUUAGUGUAGCAAGUUGAGAUUGAUGCACAAGUACAUUAAAGCAAGAUGAUUUCUUUUCAAAAUGAGAAGUGAAGCAUUAUAUUUGAACCAGCA